AUGGAGGACUUCCCAAUCUGUCCAGUGACUAACUACUACAAAAGGAUCCUUGUCCCAGUGUCCUACAGCGUUGUGUUUCUGCUGGGCCUGAGUUUAAACGGCACCCUACUGUGGUGCGUGUGCUGUCGCAUGCGCCGAUGGAGCGGCACGGCCAUCUACGCGAUCAACCUCGCCGUGGCAGAUCUCCUCUACGUGCUGGCCUUGCCUCCUCUCAUCAUCAGCAAUGCCAUGGGAGGCCUGUGGCCCUUCGGCAACAUCAUUUGCAAAAGCGUCAGAUUCUUCUUCUUUGUAAAUCUCCACUGCAGUAUGAUGUUUCUCACGUGCGUCAGCGUGCACCGCUUCCUCGGAGUGUGUUUCCCCAUCGCUGCUGUGCGCCUUAGGACCAAAAAAGUCGCCCUCUUUGCCUCAGGCUCAGUUUGGAUCCUGGCCACUGCGGAGAUUUUACCCACACUUGUAUUUGCGCACACUGGUAGGAUCAACAACAUGACAGUGUGUUUUGAGAUGACUAACCCAGGGCAGUUUAAAGUUUACUUUCCCUAUGGGCUGUUUUUAGCCAUAGUAGGUUUUCUGAUCCCUUUCCUUGUCGUUAUCACCUGUUACUGCUCCAUGAUGACGGUGCUUUACUGCAGGGCCGCGGACAGCAUCUCCAGCGCCAGGACAGCUCGGAUGCGCAACAAGUCUCUUCACACUUUAUUAGUUGUGCUGCUCAUGUUCGUGGUGUGUUUUGUGCCCUAUCACAUCGCUCGGACCGUCUACUUGUUUGUGAGGGUCUAUAUGCCUGAAGACUGUCAUCUUCUCAACAUAGUCAUGAUCUCCUUCAAGGUUUGGAAGCCCGUGGUGAGCUUCAACUGCUGCGCAAAUCCUCUCUUCUACUUUUUCGGCUCUGAUCGGCACCGUCAGAUGCUGCGGGCCUGGCUGUGGAGGCGGAGGAAGAGAGUGCAGCCCAGCGUGAGUGUGGUGGAUGUAGGCAGCACAAACAGGUCCGCAGGACAGAGAGCAUCCACCAGAGGUCUCAUUAAUCCAUAA